UGGGGGUGGCUUAUGACAUGAAUGAAUGUACAACAUGGUCAUAGCAUGAUAGGUCAUAAAGGUUGAUAGAUAAUUGUUGACAUUUUGUUGAAUUGUACAGUAAAAAAGUGUACAUUGUGAGUGUUUGAAUGAAUGGUUUAGUGAUUUAGUGAGUGAAGUUAAUCUCUUGAGAUUAGCAUCUUAAUCUCAUUUUGGUUUGUAGCUAAACAGCUUAAUUUAGUGGACUGAUCUUUACUCAGUUGACUCCUGCAGUACAAAUGUCCAAUUAUUGUUCAAAUAUUAAUUUGUUGGGGAGAACAAUUUGCAUUUGACUUGUUUUCAUCAUAGACUCAUUGAGAAGCAAAUGAGAGUAAAACAUUUUGAAAUGAGUGAAAUUCAGCUCAAUGUUUAGAGACAAGAAGGAAAAUUGAAUCGCUAAGUGAGGCCAAUACCACGACAGUGCACGUGUGUGUAUAGGAAAUACAGAAGAGUGAAAAGAUUUGGGGACAAAAGCACACACGCUUCAACAGAAUGGGACGAAUGGUCGCAUUAUAACAUCAUACACCGAUCUUCUCCACAGGUGGGUUUAAGAUGGAGACGAGUCUAAAGCCGGGGUUAUAGACGAUCUGCUUCACUGCUUGAAAGCCUCAUCAUGAUGUAUUUUAUUCUAUGUUUUUACUGUCGGGACAUACCAUGCUGAGUUGAGUUUUCAAGCAAGAUCUGUGUUUUGAAAAGUUUUCAAAAUACAUUUUGUCACCUGAAGUUGCCCAAUUGUGAUUUGGUAAUUGAUAAACAAAGUGGUGAAUUGUGUUUAAAUUUAUGUUUUGGAUUGCAAUAGUUUUUAUGUAUUUUUUGUCAUUUUGAGACCUUAAAUUAAAUUUUUGAGUUUACUGUCUUCGUUUGGGACAUUAGAAGAUCGUGUUGAAUAUUUGAACAGCAUGGCAAAAACACAUAACGGACGUGUGUGACUACUUGAGAAAGAACAACAAAAACGGUUACAUGUGUUUUAUUGGAUAUUAGAUGCGGGAUUAGUAAAAGCGUGGGAAUCAGUGUGCCCGAGAUCUCGUGUUUCAUAGAUUGUGAUCUCUGUUUAUCCAGACAUGCUUCUCAGUGAUACUGAUGUAGACUGGUUUACUUUUGAGGACCUGGAAAUUGCAAGAGAGCCCGCAGAAAACUGGAGGCUCAGUCAACCUAGUGUCGUCUGCUGAGUUAAGAGUUACAUUUGGUGCAGCAGAUAGUUUAUAAAGUUUAUAACUUGAAUGUUAAACAUUUUUAAACAUCAUUUUAGACAACAGUUACAAUGUGUUGAAGCAUUUAAAGAAUUGCAGUGUGUGUUUUUUGUUUAAUAGGAAUUUUGAAAAUACCUUAAAAUAACAGAACUUGAAAGAUUGUAAAAAGUGAUUAAACACUGGUCUAAGUGGGUUAAAAGAUUUAUGUGUAUUUAAGCAUGAAGUGACUGAAGUGUAUGGACAUAAAGAGAGCACACGCUCCAUGAAUGGUGUUUAUAACAGUGCAGUUUGUUUUUCACAGAUUUUGGGGAGCUAGUAUGUUCACAAUGUGACAGUAGAGGACAUGGGGGAAAUGUGUGGAUAACAUAGAGCACUGUGGUAUAUGAUGACAUCAAGGACCAUGUGAGUUUAAGGGACACAGUGGAAUUUGCUUUUCAGGGACCAAGAAGUGAAUUUGUGGUGAUCAGGAUUUUACAUUUAUUUGUGAAGAAAAAAAUAACAGCAGAAAAUAAACAAACUGGAUUGUGGAAUAAAUUUAAAAUGUUGGAAUAAAAUUUUCUGGUGUUUUAAAAAUCUGAGAGGAGUCAACUAAAACCUUUUGUUUGAAGUGUAUUACGGAUGCUACACAACAUUUGAAAGUGUUUUGCUGUAGAUGUUUUGUGGAUUAACAUGAAAGAUUCAUUGGAAUAAUACUCUGAAAUGCUGACGAUGUCACAUGCAUCUAAUAUGAAGUUUUACAAGUCUGCUGUGCGGAUAUACGUUCUUGUAUAUGUUAUAUGGUUUCGUGGUAUGAACUGUGAACAAAACGUUGAUGACUGUCAAGGCCACAAAUGUCAGACCGGAUCAACAUGCAUAGAUGGCGUCGGCAACUACACCUGCAGAUGUCCGCCAACAUUUACAGGCCGCUUUUGUGAUAUUGAUGUUGACGAGUGCAAACAGACGUCAAACAUUUGUAAAAAUGGGGGCACCUGUCAGAACAUGGUUGGUUCGUUCAUCUGCGUGUGUGUCAACGGCUGGAAUGGCACAUACUGUCAGAACAACAUCGAUGACUGCCAGAACAACCCGUGCUACAACGGGGGAACCUGUCUGGAUCAUGUGGGCUACUACAAGUGCAUGUGUCCUAUCGGAAAAACAGGCUUACGUUGCCAUCUGGAGGAUGCAUGUGUUUCUCAGCCUUGCAAAGGCAACUCGUCAGUCUGUUCCACGUCGCCAUUGGAUGGCAAUCCAAUCUGCACAUGCGGACCAGGAUGGUCAGGCAGGGACUGUAGCCAGGAUGUUAAUGAAUGUGACACAGCGACUGUGGUUUGCGAUCAUGGGAGCACGUGUGUCAACACCCAGGGUUCUUUCCGCUGCGAUUGCGCUCCAGGUUUUACUGGGCCGCGUUGCUCCGUUGACAUCAAGGAAUGCGACUCAAACCCAUGUGUGAAUGCCGGGACUUGUAUCGACGACGUAGCCAGGUUCCGGUGUAUUUGCCUUUCAGGCUAUACAGGCAUCAUGUGCGAACAGGAAAUCGACGAGUGUGCGAGUCGUCCCUGUCAGAACAAUGGGAUCUGUAAGGACAUGGUGAAUCAAUAUGUGUGCGAGUGUCAACCGGGCUUCAACGGUCGCAACUGCGAGUCUGAAAUCAACCAAUGCGUGAGCGCCACAUGCAAGAAUGGGGCCACAUGCGUGAAUCUGCGAGACAGCUACAUGUGCUCUUGUGUCACUGGUUUUACUGGCCGCUUAUGCGAGACAAAUAUCAAUGACUGCAUCAACGUUACAUGCAACAACGGCACAUGUAUUGACCAGAUAGGCUAUUAUGAGUGCAAGUGUGUGACCGGUUACGCGGGGUUUCAUUGCGAAAAUGAGAUCGACGAAUGUCUAUCCUCACCCUGUCAAAAUGGUGGGACGUGUUUGGAUGGCGUAGGAUUUUAUCAGUGUCGCUGCCUUAAAGGGACCAAUGGACAUCAGUGCGAAUUCAAUUAUAAUGACUGUAACAGCAACCCGUGCGUAAACGGACGAUGUACCGAUCUGAUCUCAAACUACAAGUGUGACUGUAAUGCUGGGUACACUGGGGUGCACUGUGAAACUAACAUCAAUGAGUGUGAGCAAUCAAACAAAAAUCCUUGUUUUAACGGUGGAACGUGUAUUGACCAAGUGAAUGGCUUUACCUGCAAAUGUCCCUCCGGUUUCUAUGAUGACCUGUGUCUCAGCAACGUUAACUACUGCGCAUCUAAUCCGUGCCGCAAUGGGUUGUGUAAAGACCACAUGUCCACAUACACAUGCGAGUGUGAAUUUGGUUAUACGGGUCGAAACUGCGACUUGAUGAUCAACUACUGUCAGAACAACCCUUGCCAACAUGGUGGCAUUUGCACCAGUUAUAAGGGUCACUACGUCUGUACCUGCAUGCCUGGCUAUACAGGUACCAAGUGUGAUGUGAACAUUCAAGAAUGCAGCAGUCAUCCCUGCAUAUUCGGAGAAUGCCACGACCUCAUCAACGACUACCGCUGCGUCUGCGAAGCCCAGUACACGGGAAAGAACUGCGAAACGCAAAUGAAGCCGUGCAUGCCAAACAAGUGCCAGAACAAUGCCCAAUGCAUCCCGCAGAAUAACUACACUGAUUAUACCUGCAACUGCUCGGGUCUGGGAUUCCAAGGCCGUAACUGCGAGAUUGACGUCAACGAAUGUGCCUCAUGUGCUCAAGGUACCUCGUGUCCUUGCAAAUUUGGGACGUGUCGCAACACGCACGGUUCUUACGAGUGUGUAUGCAGUCCCGGGUAUGAGGGUCGGCACUGCGACAGUAACCAUGAUGACUGCUUCCCAAACAUGUGUCAAAACGGAGCAACUUGCGAGGAUCGUACUGGUGCCUAUGUUUGCAAAUGUCCAAGUGGCUUCAACGGAACACGCUGUGAGUACGAUAUUGACGAGUGUCUGUCGGCUCCUUGUCAGAAUGGGGCCCAGUGCAGGGACUAUGCCAACUCCUACACCUGUACCUGUCCCCUAGGGUUCAGCGGAAGAAACUGCGAGCACAACGAUGACGACUGUACCAAUACGACGUGUCUGAACCGCGGCCAAUGUAUUGAUGGUGUGAACACGUACAGAUGCAGGUGUCAGACAGGUUACACUGGAGCUAACUGCGAGCAUCGUGUGAAUCCAUGUGACGCAAACCACUGCAUGAAUGGAGCCACGUGCGUGAACACUGACAAUGGCAGGAGCUACUGUCAAUGCCUUGUUGGAUUCCAAGGACAACAGUGCGAGGAGUUUGUUGACUACUGCAGCAUGAAUGUCUGUAUGAAUGGAGCAACCUGCUCUCAGAUUGCCAACCAAUACCGGUGUGACUGUACUCCUGAGUACAUGGGGCGAGUGUGUGACGUGCGCAACGUCACGUGCAGUAUUGCUGCUCAACUCAGGAACACGUCAAUUCAGCAGCUCUGCAACGGGCGAGGCACCUGCUACAACGAGCAAAGCGCGCAUCGGUGCGUCUGCUCCUCCGGUUACCUGGGGAGCUACUGUGAGAAGCAGGUGGACCAUUGCACCAACCAGCCCUGCCAGCAUGGGGGCACCUGUAGGAACUCUGGUGGAACGUACUACUGUCAAUGUAUGCAGGGAUACACGGGAACGAAUUGCGAGCAAAACGUCAAUGACUGCGCGCAACAGCCUUGCGCUAAUGGAGGCACAUGCUUUGAUUUACUAAAUGACUUCAUUUGUUCGUGUCCGUCCGGGACAACCGGUUUGUUGUGCGAGAAUAAUCAGGAUGACUGCAAGCAGAAUCCUUGUUUCAACAAUGGCACCUGUGUUGAUAAGGUUGGCGGUUUCCUGUGCCAGUGUCCGGCGGGGUAUGUUGGCCAGAAGUGCGAGGGUGAUAUCAACGAAUGUCUCUCCAAUCCGUGUAGCCCGAGUGGGUACCUGAGCUGUGAACAGCUUCUCAAUGACUACAAAUGCAACUGCAAACUGGGAUUCACGGGUCGUCAGUGCAUGACGCGUAUCAACUUCUGUCAGGCGUCUCCAUGCCAGAAUAUGGCAAGCUGCCAAAACAAUGAAACCGGACCUAUCUGUCUAUGUCCGCCGGGAUUUACUGGUGAAUUCUGCGAGAGAAUUAGCACCAUAUGCGACCAAGUGAUGUGCCAAAAUGGGGGACGUUGUGAGCUGAAGAGUGAGACGUUGUUCACAUGCAUGUGUUCUUACGGAUGGUCCGGUCCUUAUUGUGAGACCAACGUCAAUGAAUGCAGCUCAAAUCCGUGUCUCAACUUUGGGCAGUGUUUGGACCGAAAUGGUUACUUUGAAUGCCUCUGCCCAAUGUAUUACACGGGUAUCAGGUGUGAAGUCUACAGCUCUUCAGCAACUCCUGGUAUUGGUAAACCCAUACAGGCCACUACAAACCCUCCAACAAUUCCUGUUCUGUGUUCACAGCUUGGCUGUGAAUCGAAGGCAAACAAUGGGAAAUGUGAUCCUGAAUGCAACAUUCCACAGUGCAACUAUGAUAACUUCGAAUGCGCAACGGGAAACAGGCCAUGGGGGAACUGUAAGACCGAUGGCGUAUUGUGUUGGAACGUUUUCAACGACAGCAAGUGUGACCCGCAGUGUGAUAAUGAGGCUUGUCUUUUUGAUGGUUUUGACUGUAUUCGGUCAAUUGGUGAAUGCAACCCAAUAUAUGACCGCUACUGCACCGAGGUGUACGGGAAUGGAGUCUGUGAGAAAGGUUGCAACACGGCUGCCUGUAAUUGGGACGGCCUGGACUGCAGCAAGGAGCCAGAGAGACUUGUGUUUGGUACCCUUGUGAUCGUCGUGGGCGUGCCGCCGCAAGACUUCCUCAACAUGUCCAAAGAGUUCCUGCGCAAGCUGGGGCACCUGCUGCGGGCUGUUGUCAUGAUAAAGCUUGACGGCAAUGGCAAUAAAAUGGUGUACCCGUGGACCAAGGAGGGGGGUCAAGGCGGUCGGAGACGUCGCGCUGGGGAUGUGCAAGGAACAAUCAUACACCUGAUCAUUGAUAUCCAACCAUGCCUGACAGAAGGAUUUCAUGAAUGUUUCGACACGGCGCAGUCGGCUGCAGAGUUCAUAGUUGCAGCGUUGCAAAACCGCUGGACUACGCCACUACCUGUUGUCAGCGUGUCAGGUGAUGCUCCUCCAGGAACACAAACAGACCCACCCAAGACCUCUCUAUCUACCCCUUUAGUCAUCACAAUAGCGAUAGCAGCAGUCAUCAUUCUUUCGUUGGUUAUCGUUCUUGUCAUCAGCAGAAAGCGUGUGCGAGGGAUCACAUGGUUUCCCGAGGGAUGGUUCUCGCGAGGAAGUGAGGCCAGUUCAUCGUCAAGGAUGUCAUCCAAGCGACAUGGGCCGGACGGUGGGGAGGAAAUGAAGAAUAUCAGCAAGGGCUCCAUUGACAAGGUGGACAACAAUGACAACAUGACUGUCGACGACUGGGAGCCCCACCCUGCCAAGCGCAUUAAGAUGGAGCAACAAGGCGAGUCCACAACGGACGACUCUGACACGCGUCAGUGGACAACCCAGCACCUGGAGGCAGCAAACGUUCUGACACCACCGAGUGGCGAUGAGUUGAACUCUAAGGAUGUAGAUGUCCGUGGCCCGGACGGAUUCACGCCACUAAUGCUGGCGGCCAUACGAGGCAUGGGACCGGACGCUGGAUUGGACAAUGAGAGCAGUGGGUCAGGGGCGACUUCUUCCACCGGCGACAGCGAGGAAUCUGACGAGAAGUCGCCGGAAAUUAUUCGCUCCCUUCUCAUGCAGGGGGCUGCUAUUAAUGCCCAAACUGAUCGCACAGGAGAGACUUCCCUGCACCUGGCCGCACGUUACGCUCGUGCAGAUGCUGCAAAGGCGUUACUGGACGCUGGGGCAGACUCGAACGCUCAAGAUGCCUCUGGUAGAACCCCUCUACACACUGCAGUUGCUGCCGAUGCACAAGGCGUGUUUCAGAUCUUGUUGCGGAAUCGCUUAACGAAUUUGAAUGCUCGCACUCAUGACGGAACUACCCCUCUGAUCCUGGCUGCUCGUCUCGCUAUCGAGGGGAUGGUGGAGGAACUUAUCAAUGCAGAGGCGGACAUUAACGCCAUGGAUGACAACGGCAAAACUGCGCUUCAUUGGGCGGCAGCCGUUAACAAUGCAGAAGCCACGUUGAUUCUGCUCCAACAUGGUGCUAAUAGGGAUGCACAGAAUCAGAAGGAUGAGACACCAUUGUUCUUGGCAGCCAAGGAGGGCAGUUAUGAAACGGCGAAGAUUUUACUGGAUCACUAUGCAAACCGGGAAAUUGCCGACCACAUGGACAGGUUGCCAAGGGACGUAGCGGCUGAGAGACUUCAUAAUGAUAUUCUUCACAUGUUGGAAGAGUAUCGAAUACCGUCACCUGGUGGGAUGCAGUUGCAUAACGGUUUAGCAACGUCUCCCAAUGGGCUGCACGCUCUUCUGCAUCCACACAAGAGCAAGAACAAGCAGAGGAGAAAUAAAAAUAAUGGACAAAUGAAGGACAGUCACUCUUCUUACUCUCCUGAUGGAGGUAAGAAUGUGAGAAAAACUAAAAGUAAGAAGAAGAGUGGUGGUUCACAAAGGGUAGGAACAAACGGUGAAGUGUCUUCCAUAGGAACAUUAUCUCCAGGUGACCUCAUGGAGUCGCCGAACGGCUAUGAAAUGACGUCGCCAACGUAUGACAAUGUGAUUGGGCAGGGAAAUAUGUUAGGUCUUCAUCAUUCCCAGCUGAACUGCAUUGAUGACAUUCGCGUUAGUUGUUCGCAGAUCACGAAUCGUAUGGAUGAUCAUUGUGUUAUGUCGAACCACUACAAGAAACCGGACUCAAUGUUGGAGGCCCAGCGACACAUGGAGAUGCUGCAAUCUUCAGACUGGUUACAGAACCAGCAACACCAGGUCUCUAUGUCGCCAAUGACGAUGACGUCGUCAAUCCCCACUCCCCCAUCCAGUAAUUCAUCUCACAGCAGCUCCAUGGGAAUGGACGGGAAACACUCGCCAAUGAAGGGCGGAAAACAGCUUCCCACUUCGCCCCCACAUUAUCUCGCUAUGCAGCAACUCUCGCAACGAAAUCGCCCACAGAAAAGCCCCCAUCAGCAUCACAUGGACGCCUACACGUACGAUCAGCAUCUCCAGCAGCAACAACAGCAUCAUCAUCAGCAGGCGAUGUUGGACUCUUCGCGGCACCACAACAUGCAGACAUUCAUGCUCUAUGACAUUCACCAGCAGAAGGUGUCGACACCCAUUCAAAUACAGCACAUGCAGCCUUAUCCCACCCCACCGUCUCAGCACAGCUACCUUGGUACGGACAGCACAUCCCCGCAGCAGGGAAUGAAUGGGAUUCCGGAAAAUAUUCUCACACCUUCGCCGGAUUGUCCGGGAGAUUCACCCGGGCACUGGUCCAGCAGCUCGCCCCAUUCGGCGCAUUCUGAUUGGUCAGAGGGGAUCUCAAGUCCAGUGCCGCCAAUUGGCAGUCAGCCAAUGAAACGACAGCAAAUGACAAAUGAUGCCAUCUUUAUUUAAAUUACUGUUCUUUGGAUCAAGAAAUUUGGAGAUGAGUUCGGAUUAUUGAGAAUUGCACAUUCUGAAAUUGUCUUCAGAAUUAAUUUCAUCAAUGCAUGAUAUUGAUUUGAAGUGUGAUGAUUUGUGGGAAAAUGUGAAAGUGCAUUGAAUUAUUUUGAAGCUGCACACCUAGGUUUUGCUGGCAAAAUUAGUGCAGUUUUUUACACGAAGAAGAAAGGGUUCUUUUUUUAAUAAACCUUUGACCAGAAUCACACUCUGUUAAGUGAACUAUGUUUAAAUUGUUAUUUUUAGACAGAGCAUUGGAUUAAUAAACUGUGUUAAGUAUAAAAAACAAAACAAUGUUUUAUGUGCUAUAAUUAUGUGGUGCAAAUUUGUUUUCUCUGUUUUCUGUGAUGUGCACAUUUUGUAAAAAUAAUGAAGAUGUAGAUGCAGCAUGAAAAUUAUGUUGUAAAUAACAUGUAUGUUUUUGCAAAGUAAAUUUUUACUUUGAAAUACACAUUUGAUGUUUAUCAAUAAUCUUUGUCUUAUUUUAUUGGUAGAUCUGCAUGCAAAUUAGUCGAAGUAUCCUUGUGAAAAAACUAUUAUUAAUUUUGAACCUACUUACGUAAUUAAUAUUAUUUAAAAGGAUAACUCAUGUGUAUGGUUUGAAGAUAUUAUAGAUAGAUAUGUGGGGAUAAGCACUGUUUUGCAUUUUACUGAAAGUGUUAUAUUUAAAUGAAAUACAGUUUUGAAAUUAUUAUAUCAUUCGUGUAAUUCUCUGCAUACAUGCUUUGUGUAAAUAGGCAGGUGACACUUGAAUAUUUUAAUUUUAUUUACAUCAAACCAGCUUUUAAAACAAAGUACAUGUAUGUGCUGAAAAUUUUAAUACUGGUAUUUUAGAUAAUGACUGUGCAGUUUUUGUCAAUGUUUUCCAAAAUGUUUUUAUUUUUAUUGUUUUAACAUUAUUUGGAUAAGAUUUUAUAAAAAAUGGGGGAAUGUGUGGGAAAAAAAGCAGGGAUAAAUUACAUGUAUCUAAAGUGUGGAGUGACACUUUGCUGUUCCAAGGAACUCUAAACAUAUAUAAUCUGUAUGAAGAAAGUGCAGUCUUGUUAAAGAAUGUGCGGACUUUUCUCAAAACAAGUGGGGUGACAUUGCCACCCAUAAGCUGUACAUUUAGAUUUUGUGAGAUGCUGAGAUUUCAAAUUGAUCUCUGUGCAUUUAUUUCAUUAGUUUACUUCAUCGAUUGUCAUAACGUGGUUCAGUUUUUUAUGACGUUGCAUUGUUACAUUUUUAAAGAUGAUAGAUUCAUAUGGAAGGUUUUUCAUUGUUAUCUACAUGUAUACAGUAUAGAAUGACAUUACCCAUACUGCAUUUCUGUUCACAGUUUUUGCAUUUUAAAUUUCUUGUAAAAAAUCUGUUGCAUUGUUUGUUUAUAGUCAUGAAUGCAUUUAAUAUUUGAAGUAAACAUAUUUAUUAUGCCCCCCUUUGAAGAAGAGGGGGUAUAUUGUUUUGCUCAUGUCGGUCCGUCCGUCCGUAUGUCCUUAUGUCCGUCCACGAGAUGGUUUCCGGAUGAUAACUCAAGAACGCUUAGGCCUAGGAUCAUGAAACUUCAUAGGUACAUUGAUCAUGACUCGCAGAUGACCCCUAUUGAUUUUGAGAUCACUAGAUCUAAGGUCAAGGUCACGGUGACCCGAAAUAGUAAAAUGGUUUCCGGAUGAUAACUCAAGAACACUUAUGGCUAGGAUCAUGAAACUUGAUAGGUAGAUUGAUCAUGACUCGCAGAUGACCCCUAUUGAUUUUCAGGUCACUAGGUCAAAGGUCAAGGUCAGGGUGACCCAAAAUAGUAAAAUGGUUUCCGGAUGAUAAAUCAAGAACGCUUAUGGCUAGGAUCAUGAAACUUCAUAGGUACAUUGAUCAUGACUUGCAGAUGACCCCUAUUGAUUUUCAGGUCACUAGGUCAAAGGUCAAGGUCACAGUGACAAAAAACAUAUUCACACAAUGGCUGUCACUACAACGGAGAGCCCAUAUGGGGGGCAUGCAUGUUUUACAAACAGCCCUUGUUGUUUUAUGGUUUGAAAUGCAAUGAAUUAAAAUGAAGGUAAAACAAACAGAUUUUGUAUUUUUCAAUACAAGAUUUUGUUGGAUUGUUUUAUAGGCUUUUUGACCAAACAAACAAUAAUUCGCUUAAUUUUGUGUUACAGUAUUUUAGAGACCAAACAUGUAUGACUUAGUUCAUAGAAGCAGUUUAAGGUUGAACAAAGUACAUAUGUUGCAUAUAUUCAAUUCCAGUUUAAGGGUAUAUACCGUGAAGGGUACAUUUGUAAUGCUUUUAUAAUAGUCACAAGUAUAAAACAAAUCUGUCGCUGAAGGACAGUGCAAGGGUCCAAAGGAUGUUUAUUUUUCCAGUUGUUUAUUUAACUGUAAAAUGUGUUAAUCGACACCAGUGAGAGCAGUUUUGAUGUGUAUAUUUUGUACUUUGCAUACACUGUAUAGAAAGCUGUUAUUUUUGUUUGACAGUGUUUUGAUUUGGUGACUAUAUAUAUAUAUAUUUUACAUAUGUUUGACAGAUUGACAUAUGUUUUUAAGUAUUAAAUAGUUUGGCAUAUUUCUUAUUUUCAGUUUGGCUUACUUAAAAAAAUCUUACUUUUUAACUCAUGCGUAUAUUUAAAGUAACUUGUAAAACAUGUCUCUUGCAUGUAUAAAAUUAUUUAUUGAUAAGUGCUUCAUUUUGAAUGCUCUUGUUUAAAUACCCACAAGCUAAUAAUCAUUGGGAUUAUAGCACUGCUAUGUAUUGAUGUUUUCUAUUAAUGCAUUUUGUGAAAUGUGCUACCAUCAGACAAUAGGUUAUGUAUAUAAACAACUUUAUUUCGAUUCCAAUCGCAGGGUCUUUAUUUCGAUUCCAGUCGCAGGGUCUUGUAACAAAAAAUGUUUCAAUCCAUUAUUUGACUUACUAUCGUGAAAAUUUGUUUAUUGGUUACGUGUGUUGAAAGUAAGACACCUAUCAAAAUUGAGGUAAUCGGGUCAAAGCUCAAGGUCACAUGCGCGUGUUGAAUAAAAAUUGGUUUCCGCAUUAUUUCUGGAUAAUUCUAAGGACCGUAUAAAUAAGUAUGUUGAUUAUAAGUCUUGACGAAGGAUGACCCCAAUUUAUUUUCAAAUUAAGAGAUCUAAGGUCAUGGUCACAGUGAUGACUUUGCUACUAGUUGGGGCAUACACGUCAUAUUGCAAACAUCACUUGUAAGUUUAAAGAUAUUGACUCAUAGGGCAUAAUGUGUACAUUUGUAAAUAUCUUACAGUAGCUCAAAUUCUAGUGUUUUUCAAAUAUGAACUAAAGAUGUUAAUUAAUAAUUGUGUAUGCCAAUUUUGAACAAAACCAAAUUAGCUAUUUAAUCUUACUUGUGUGCUUAGAUAAUUUAACUAUAUUGUUGGCCUUCUGUGGUCUUUUACAGAUAUAUGUUUAAGUAACUGAUCAAAAAGUAUCAUCUGGGAAGGUAGAUAUUGCCUUAAAUUAGUUCUUCCUUCAGCUAUUAAAACCAGUUCAAAUAUGAUUAUGAACAAAACCGUUUUAUCAACACCAUUUUAAUUACGCCUACAUGUUCGUGACCCUCUCUUUUACUAGAUCUAUAUGAUCUUACUGCAACUGCUUUUUUAUUUGGUUGGUUUAUUUCCUUCAUGGCUUCACUACAGCUUAUCUCAUACAUUUUCACAAAUCGUCCAUGUAAUUCAGUAAGCAUGUUUUAAGGUAUUACUUGUCAGUACAUGAUUGCUGCUGUAAAUGUGUUCACAUUGGUCUUCGGUCUGAAUUGGAAAUGAAAGAACAUAAGAUGCACGAUGCAUGUUUACUCAAUCAGUCACGUGUUAUAUUUGUUAAAUGAUCUGUCACGUGGUUUUUAUUAGAAAAAUCGCGUGCUGAACGAUGUCACAUGGCUUGUACAUGUAUAAUGGGCCGCAUUUAUUCACAUUCGUUCGUUAUAUCAUUUCUCAUUUAUAUAUAUGUACAGAUGAAAAUUAAUAUGAAUUUGAUAUUUAAUUAGUAAAUAAAAUCAUACAACUUCAAAA